AUGGAAAUGUUGACGUCCGAGCCGAUCGACAUGAUUGGAAACUGGACACAUGGAGCGAAACUGCAGAUAGCCCACAACAAAAGCGACAUGCUAUUGGUCAGUAGCUUGAAAGCGGUGCAGCGGAUAGAAAUCACCGUUGGGGAGCACGCCAUACCUAGCCUCAAAACGCGUGUUGAAAUACCUGGGAGUGAUGAUCGACAACCGCGUGACUUCAAUAGCCCCGUCGAAUGCAAGAUGACUGCAAAGGUCAUCAACGCGGUAACUAGAAAGAUGCCGAACUACUCGGGACCAAGCAGUAGCAAGAGACGGCUCCUGGCUAGUGUAUCUUCGUUGAUCGUGAGAUAUGGAGAUUCAGCUUGGGUUGCACCGCUGGAAACCAGCAGAACUUAA